AUGGGAAAAAAAAAUAUACAAAAUAAAUUAAAAGUAUAUUUUGAAAAUGACGAACUAGGAUUACCGUCAGCACAUUUUUAUAAAAAAUUGGAUCGUCGUCUUUUUAAUUAUAAUAAUGUCAAUUGGAAACAUAACCAAAAUGAGUUAAGAGUGUAUUAUAACAUAUGUGAAUUUUUCAAUAAGACACAUAGAAGUGAUUUUUUUAGAAGACUUUGUUCUGUACUCCUAUGGUAUCUAAGUACGGAAAAUACCAUUAUAAAUGAAGAAAAUAAUGACUACAAUAACUGCGAACUUUUGAAUUAUUGGAUAUACAGUAGAUUAUCUUGGAUUUAUGAUAGGAUAUCUGAUCAUAUUACUUAUAUGUUUGGUAACCUUCAAUUAUUAUGGAAUUCCCUUAUUGGAACUUCUAGAUUUAGCUCAUUUUACAAUAAAUGUAGUCCAAAAUUUAAAAUGCCUUAUUAUAAUAACUGGAUGGAAAGGAAAAAGUUAUAUGAUUACUGCAUCGAUUAUGAAAAAAUUCUCUUAUUUGCUGAGAACUAUAAGGAUAAGCGAGAAAUCUUUUUUAAUUAUUUUAAAAUAAAAACUGAAUUAUAUGAUAAAUUUAAUAAGAUUUGUAGUAAAGGAAAAACGCAAGAGUGUCCAGAGUUUUUUAACAAUUGUAAGAAAUCUAGUCCAUCCGAAGCGUUAAAAAAGAUUAGGCAUUAUAUUGAAAGGGAUAAAGGAAUAUCUGAGAAUUCUGGAAUGCAAAACAAAGAUGCAAUUUCCGUUCAUACAAGUAAAGAAAGUGAAACUUCAUUAGAAGUUCAAUUCGAUGCAAUAGAUUCAAAGUCAUCUGAAGAUGAUUCCUUAUUAAGAGUGUAUGAAACAGAAGAAUUUGCUGAUUUAUAUAUAAAUCCUGACAGAUCUAGCAUUAUAUUUAUUUUGGGAAAAACGUUUCUUGGAUUAAUUUUAUUUACUGUACUUUCUUCCAUUUUGUAUAAAUUUACACCCAUGGGAAUUCAUUUGAGCAAAAUGUUUGGUCAGAGGAAAAAUAUUAUAAGUGACAUAAAUAGAAGCAAAAAUAUGUUAUUUGAUUACUCAUCAGAAUCAUGUAACCAAAAUUAUAUGAAUGGAGAGGAACAUUUUGUAGGAUAUCAUCCUGAGUAA